AUGUGCAACAUCAUCUCUUACAAACUUCCGUGUGAGCAUGUCCAGACCCAGGUCAGCCACUGCUCGAAGGCACAACCGCCCUCGAGGAAGGAUUCCUCCAACCGCAAAACUUGCAGAGACGUCACUCAGCAGAACAUCCCCUAUCCGCCUCCCCCGGGCUACCCGUUGCCCAAGUGCCCCCUGGCAAACUGCCCUUAUGAAGUACGCAACCGGUGCUGGAACUGUUGCUGGUGCGGCAAGGGCUGGAACGAUAGCGGCAGAUGCAGCUGUGUCAUGAUCAUUGACGGGAAUGAGUACCGCUGCGAGCACAUCUGCUGCGCGACCUGUACCGCGGCUGUUGAUAACUAG